AAAAUUGCUGCCUUUGUUGCUAUCAGUUCUCUGAAUUUGCAGGUAUUUUUCUCUGUUUUAUAAUAUUUUAAAAUAUUAUUAUUAUUAUUGAAAACAUUUUUUUAUUUUUUGAAAUUACAGCAAAACUUCCUUGCUUUGUUCCUUCUUUCUCCUUCCUCCCACCCUUCCCUUGCACCGCAUUUGAUCGCUCUCAAAUUCCUGAAGGCCUAAUACUUUAUAAGGUCACCACCAUCUCUCUUGAUAUAUAGGAGACAUUCAAUGACAACAUGGAAAAGAAGAAUGAAACCCUAUGGACUGAGUUUGUUCUCACAGGUCUCACAUGCCUACCACAGUGGAAACCUCUCCUAUUCCUAGUGUUCUUGGUAAUAUACUUCAUGACCAUUGUCGGGAACCUUGGUCUGAUCACUCUCAUCUGGAAUGACCCUCACCUUCACAUUCCCAUGUACUUAUUUCUUAGUAACUUAGCCUUUGUGGAUACAUGGUUAUCAUCCACAGUGACACCGAGGAUGCUAUUUAAUCUCUUGGACAAGGGCAAGGUGAUUUCUGUGGCUGAAUGCAAGACACAAUUUUUUUCCUUUGCAAUCAGUGUGACCACAGAAUGUUUUCUUUUGGCAGCAAUGGCUUACGAUCGCUAUGCAGCCAUAUGCAAUCCUUUGCUUUAUCCAGUGAUUAUGACCAAUAGAUUAUGUGUUCGCCUAUUAGCCUUAUCAUUUAUAGGUGGCUUUCUUCAUGCUGUGAUUCAUGAAAGCUUUUUAUCCAGAUUAACCUUCUGUAAUUCCAACAUAAUAUAUCAUUUUUACUGCGAUGUGAUACCAUUGUUAAAAAUUUCCUGUACUGAUCCUUCUUUAAAUUAUUUGAUCAUUUUCAUUUUCUCUGGUUCAAUACAAGUGUUUACCAUUAUGACUGUUCUUAUUUCUUACACAUUUGUUCUCUUUACAAUUUUAAAAAAGAAGUCUGACAAGGGCAUAAGGAAAGCCUUCUCCACCUGUGGAUCCCACCUCUUGUCUGUAUCUUUAUACUAUGGGCCUCUUCUCUUCAUGUAUGUGCACCCUGCAUCUUCAGAAGUAGACGAUCAAGACAUGAUUCUCUCUCUGUUCUACACAGUUAUAAUCCCCGUAUUAAAUCCAAUUAUCUACAGUCUCAGAAAUAAGCAAGUCAUAGAUUCUCUGAAAAAAAUGUUGAAAAUGAUGGUUUAG